AUGAAACACCCGUCGAAUUCUGCCGAAGAAGCCGCCGAGCAUGACUCUUUCUCAGAUGCAGCAGAGAACAUACCCCAGGCCCAGGACUUUAGGAUUGCACAAUGCGACCUAGCUACUGAAAUGCGGAGAUUGACCGAUGCUGUGACGGCUAUGAGAAUGGAUGUGAGCAAGACGUCCACCGACGAAGUUGCAGACGACACACCUGAUUCUGCUGUAGUUGGAGAAAAGGAAGUCGUGGACAGCAAAUCCGACGAAACAGCCGAAGAGCCUGUAGUCGAGCCCACAGUCGAGCCUGGUAUGGACAAGACUGCAAAGGAGCUUUAUCGGAAGGAAAGAUAUCAUGAUUGGGAAGAGCUGGAAGGUGACCUGCCUGAAGAUGAUGAUGAGAAAUACAAAAAAUAUGCCCUUGUUGUUCGACACGAGCGUGAUGCAGACGGUGGAAACGUGCUCCUUCACUCAGUCAAGAUACAAAGUCCCCAUGUCCGUGACUUUCUGACAAAGGUUUUCGAAGGCUAUCGAGGUGUCUACACCAAUAUCAGGAGAUUGACCCUACGACCUCCAUACCACGAGUUCUACUAUCGCUGGGAUAAGUUUCAAGAGUUGCUGGAAGAUAUCAAGGAUGAGUUGGCUAAGGAACAUAUCGAGCUCUUGCACAAAGUCAUUGCACCUGAGAUCAAACCGCACCUCGAAGCCAAGGACGACAUGAUCAAGCAGGGAGUCAUUUCUUACGACUACUUAUGGGCACUCUUUCCACCUGACACAGAAGUCUACGCGCACACAGAAUCAGGAGAACGGCUGUAUAUGGCACGAAGGUGCUGGUAUCGAAAGAAUUUGCGCUCAACCACGUUCAUUGUUGACUGUGAAUAUAUUGAUUACAAUGGCUCCCUUCUUGGUUAUGGCACAGAUCGCCUGGAGAUUGAUCAGUAUGGUGGUCAUACCGAAAUCGCAGAGCUGAAUCCUAUACCUACCUCAUUCGUCUCAAAGAUUGAAGACGUCCGCCGCAAGCUCACAGCGCGCGGAAGGUCUUUUGAGAAGCUGAUUGGAGUGCACUACACAGGGUAUUCGGGGCUGUAUCUUCCACAUAUUCCCCGUGCUUGGUUACAGCCACGAAAGCGUCAUAUUGAGAAUGGUCGCGUCGUCAUAGACGCCAAGCUCUUCCACGAACAAGAUCCCGAUAAGAAGCCGCGGUUGCGACCGUUAGACAGCGACAUCAAGGAGAAGGAGAAGGCUGACGAUGAUUAUGAUUACUAUCAGAAUGUCUACGAUGAAGAGGAGAACUAUGGUCGUCAAGAGGAGGUCAAACCUGGUCGCCUUACCCUGAAAGAGGAAGAGUACUGCUACUGCAGUCCUUUCGUGACUGGAUACAACCUGACCUCCAAGCAAUGGGCAACCUUCGAGGCUGCGCGCGUUAUCGAAGUGCAGUGGAGCCACGACGCCUUCGAGAAGCUUGUCCUGCCCUUUGACUACAAGGAGCUGAUCCUGUCCUUUGCCGAAAGUCAGCUUUCACACAAGGACAACUUUGAUGACAUCAUGGCUGGCAAAGGUCAGGGUUUCAUCACCCUCCUAAGUGGUGAACCCGGAGUUGGAAAGACUUUGACAGCAGAAGCAGUCAGUGAACAGAUGCGGUGCCCUUUGUACGCUAUGAGUGCUGGUGAGCUCGGAAGUGAUGCAGCUGAAGUUGAAGAGAACCUCGAGAAAGUCCUUGAGAUCUGUGCCAAGUGGGGUGCCGUUCUUCUACUGGACGAGUGUGACGUCUUCUUGGAAGAAAGAACACUUUCUGACAUCCACCGCAAUAAGCUUGUGAGUGUCUUUCUCCGACUGCUGGAGUACUUCAAGGGACUGAUGUUCUUGACUACCAAUCGUGUUUCAUCGUUCGACAGUGCUUUCCAGUCGCGCAUUCAUUUGACUAUCAACUAUCCUGCCUUGGAUCAGGCUUCCCGAAGAGCUAUCUGGGAGACCUUUGUGCGUCCAAAUAUCGAGCUUCAGCAUAAGAGCACUGUCACUGCUGUCCAUCUUGACGAGUUAGCUGGAAUGAGACUGAAUGGAAGAGAGAUCAAGAACAUUGUCAAGACGGCAAGAUUGCUAUCGAACAGAAAGAACGUUGGGCUUGGGAUUGAUCAUAUCAGAACUGUCCUACGCAUCAAGCAGGACAGUGUCUCUAAUUCGAUCAUUGCCGAGGACGAUUGA